AUGGCGGUCCUGGAUGGUCGAGAAGGAUAUGCAAAGAUGGCUUAUCUAAUGAGCCGCCACCCUGAAUUUGGCAUCUUUCGAAGCUUUGACGAAUUGAAUUACCAGAAUCUCCUCUACAUUCAAGCCGAACUCACGCACCUUGAGCAGGAAUUGAAGGAGAUCUCGCACAGAGAUAAGCUCUCAGAGCAUCCAAUCCGACAAAUUCAGACAAGACACUGGCAGUUGCUGAAGGACUCCCAGCAGGAUGGACACGAUGAACAAUUCCGAAAGAUCAUGCAAAUCAGAACCUCACUGAAAGAAUACUAUGAGGCUCUUCUCCAACAACAAAGACUGUCGUGUCUGAAGAAGCCCACAAAAUACAAGAUCAACUUCCUUCGUGAUUGA